AAAGCCAGUGCCUCUCAGAGCAUCUCACAAAGGAGCCGUUAGUAAACUGAAUAGACUUCAGACAUGUGUGAAAUUAGCUCUCUGAACCAGCUCUAUGAAGAGAAGGUGCGUCCAUGUAUUGACCUAGUGGACUCUCUCAGGUCAUUAGGUCUUGAAAAUGACCUGAACCUGCCAGCUAUUGCUGUCAUCGGUGAUCAGAGCUCAGGAAAGAGUUCUGUGUUAGAAGCUCUGUCUGGAGUGUCACUGCCUAGGGGAACAGGUAUUGUGACACGCUGUCCUCUGGUACUGAAACUGAAGAAAAUUACAAAAGACAAAAACUGGAAUGGAUUGCUGUCAUAUAAGGAUCUGACAAAGACACUAAACGACCCAGAGGAAGUAGAGAAUGCUGUCUUAUAUGCUCAGGGAGUAUUGGCUGGAAAAGGAGAAGGGAUCAGUCAUGAGAUGAUCACACUGGAAAUCCAGUCAUGUGACGUUCCUGAUCUUACUCUUAUUGACCUGCCAGGCAUUGCUAGAGUUCCGACCGGCAACCAACCAAAAGACAUUGACAAACAAAUAAAAGAUCUUAUUGAAAAGUUCAUUCAAAGGCAAGAGACCAUCAGUUUGGUUGUGGUGCCUGCAAAUGUUGACAUCGCCACCACUGAGGCACUGCAGAUGGCAUCAGAAGUAGAUCCAACUGGAGAAAGGACUUUGGGUGUUCUGACUAAACCUGACUUAGUGGACAAAGGUAUGGAGGAGACGGUGAUCAAAACAGUGAAUAAUGAUGUAAUAGAACUGAAGAAGGGCUACAUGAUUGUUAAAUGCCGAAGCCAGAAUGACAUCAAUGACAGACUUGAUCUGGCCAGGGCGCUGGAAAAAGAAAGACGUUUUUUUCAAGAACACACUCAUUUCAGUUCUCUUCCUGAAGGAAAAGCUACAAUACGCUGCCUUGCAGAAAGACUCACAAACGAAUUGUUUGAACACAUUGUUAAAACACUGCCAGACUUGCAGAACCAACUUGGCAUAAAAUUAGAGAAGACGUCUGCGGAUCUUAGAGCACUCGGAGAUGGAGUUCCUCCUGGUGAACAUAACAUGAUCAAGUUCUUGGUUAAGAAAAUUAGCCAGUUCAACGAUGACCUUGAAAGAGUCAAGAAUGCUGAAGAAGAUGUUGAAAUUCCAAACCAAAGGGUCUUCUCCAAAAUCAGGGUGAAAUUUCAUGAAUGGAAAUCUGCCCUGAAUGUCAAAGCCAUUAAGACGGAGGACGCCCUCAGAGUUGAGGCAGAAGAGUAUAUGAAGACUCACAGAGGAUUGGAGCUUCCUGGAUUUUUAAACUAUAGAACGUUUAUGAGCAUUAUCAAGGAAUACAUCAAGGAGAUGCAGGAACCUGCUUUAAAGCUGCUCAAAGAUGUCACAGACAUUGUGCACCCCUCUGUGAACCAUAUCAUUAACAUUCAUUUUAAUACCCUUCCUCACCUGGAGAGUGCUGCGAAAGAGCAAACAGUUUAUUUACUUGAUAAGCAGUUUCAGAGAGCUGAGAAGAAAAUACGUUCACAGUUUAAAAUGGAGAAGAUUGUUUACUGCCAAGAUGAUCUCUACAGUAACCAGCUAUGCAAUGUAAAAAACAAAUCAAAAUCAGGUUAUGGGCUUCUGGCUUCAUAUGUCAAUGCAGAUGUACGUGACAUGGCAUACCAUCUCAUCUCCUAUUUAACGAUUACCACUGACCGUCUGGCUAAUCAAAUUCCACUGAUAAUCCUGUAUCACUCGCUGAACAAGUACAUCUCUCAGCUUCAGUGUGAAAUGCUUGUCAUGACUAGAGAGAAUGAUCCAGAAAUGCUGCUCCAAGAAGAUUCUGUUGUUGAACGUAAGAGGAAUGAAUUGAGAGAGCAACUGAACCGCCUGCAGAGAGCUGGUAUGGAACUGUCAAACUAUAAGCAUUCUGCAUAAUUGUGGGUAGAACCAUCAACUCACAUCAAGGUCCCUGGUUUGAGUCCCUGCUGACCAUAACACUGCGGCUCCAGUCUCCAUGCGAGCCUACAAUUGGUGGAAAAUCAUCAUUUGUCCUAUAUUUGUUUUCUUAUCCCAUAUUACUGGUCUUAUUGUGAAUGAUUCAUACUGUACAAUUUAGUCAUGAUGAUGUUCUGUGAGUGGAAAUUAAAGACCCCUUCAUCCCUUGAAAGAUAAAAGAUCACAUCUGUUUUAUGCAGUAUGCAAUUUCCUUUUGACAUUGGUGUGUGUUUUCAUGUUAAACAUUUAAAUGCAUUGGUGCACAGGUUAUGGUUUGCGUGGAUCCAGCCUCAGAAAGACUUUAGAUGACCUAUUUCUUUACAUUGUAAUCAUUAUGUUGACAGCUUCUGCCUAAAAUUAAGUCAUGUUAGCAAACUCUAUGAUUCUUUUAUCUUGAACUAUUCCUUUGUGAAGUGAACAUUACUUGGACACAUUCCCUCCUGAAAGUUUCACUCUAAAUUGUGAUUUAGACGGAUGCAUUUUCUGUAAAGCUGCUUUGAAACGAUGUAUAUUGUAAAAGGCACUAUACAAAUAAAUUUGAAUGGA